AUGGCGAUCGCAUUGGCUGAAGCUGAUAAAUAUGAGCUCCUUGAAAGAAUAGGAAGCGGUUCCUUUGGUGUGAUCCGGAAGGUUCGGAGAAAGGCAGAUGGAUUUAUCCUCUGUCGUAAGGAGAUCAACUACGUCAAAAUGUCCCACAAGGAGCGUGAACAGCUUACCACCGAAUUUAACGUCCUGAGUUCCCUCCGACACCCAAAUAUUGUCGCAUACUACCACCGUGAGCACCUCAAAGCGACACAGGACCUGUACCUGUACAUGGAAUAUUGUGGUGGAGGAGAUCUUGCCCGCGUGAUCAAGACACAUAAGCUGGCGGGCACGUAUGCGGAGGAGGAGUAUGUCUGGCGUGUGUUUUCGCAGCUAGCAACAGCUCUCUACCGUUGCCAUUAUGGUGUUGACCCCCCCGAAGCUGGAUCCAAUGUGCUGGGUCCAUCUCCUAAAUCGUCAGGCUUGAAAGGAAAGCAGGCCCAGGUGAUGAUUCUUCAUCGAGAUCUCAAGCCAGAAAACAUCUUUUUGGGAGACGAUAAAUCCGUCAAGCUGGGCGAUUUCGGUUUAUCGAAACAGAUGAGUUCACACGAUUUUGCUUCGACUUACGUGGGCACGCCAUUUUACAUGUCCCCGGAAAUCUCCGCGGGAGAGCGAUAUACUCUGCACUCUGAUAUUUGGUCAGUGGGCUGCAUUAUGUAUGAGCUCUGCAAGAAAGAACCGCCAUUCAACGCCCGCACGCAUGUUCAACUGGUUCAAAAGAUACGCGAAGGGAAAUGUGCACCUCUACCAGACGUCUAUUCAAGCGAGUUGAGAAGCGUCAUCUCUAGCUGCUUGAGGGUUAACCCUGACCAUCGACCGGAUACGGCAGCCUUGCUCAAACUGCCUGUGAUACGUCUAAUGCGAAAGGAGCAAGAGGUUUUUGAGAUUAGCAAAUCUCUAACGAGUAAGGAGGAAGCUGCAGCGCAUAAACUCAAGGAACUUGAGCUACGCUACGCAAAACUAGAGAAGGAAAAAGCAGCUAUGAGGACGGAGCUUGAAAACACCGUCCGUCGGGAAUGGGAGGUCAAAGCGAGACUGGAGAUUGAUCGUCAAGUGCAAAUGGAGCUUGAGAAGCUUCGUAGGACAUUUGAGGUCGAGGUCGAGCAGAGAGUCGCCUCAGAGAUGCAAAAAUACAAGGAAGAGAUGGCUCACAAACAGAGCGUUGGAGUUUCCCAGCUCGAGGCUGCCCAUAAUUCCUCUAUGGGAUCGAGUGAUGACACUGACUUCCCUUCAUCCACCGACUUGAGCGAGCUUUCUCUCGACCCCCCUACCCCUGAGCAGAAGAAGGCAGCGAGAAAAGGAAAUCGCACUCCUUUCAGCCGCUCUAAAACCACGAUUGAAUCUCCCAUGGAUGUUCAGAUGGCCGAGCCAUCACCAAUGUCGCUUGCCUCCCUGUCAUUAUCACCGCGCCGGACUGCAGGAGCGUCGGCGAAGAAUAUUUUUGCAGAUGGAGGACGUAUGAAGCCCAAGUGGGAUACUAUGUACUCCGAUGAUGAAGACGAUAUCCCCGACCUACCGUCACCAACCCGAGCAAAGGUCCAGAUAGACCCGAGCAAGGCACCUCCUCGACCACUCCUACGCCAAAACACCACAGCUAUGAUGCAGAAGCUUAGCUCUCAGCCAAACCUGUUCCCUGUAAGCAAGCCGGUGUCUCGUCCAACUCAGCCUGCCAACUCGGCUGCUCCCCAGCAUAACGAAGUUCGCCAUCCUUCGACAGAGAAUAGAAACAAAUCACCGCAGCAUCGCCUGUCCAAGAUCCCGUCAUACAACAAUCUAGCGCUUGAAGGUUCGCCAUCGCGCAAGACGGCCAUGCUGCCACCUCCACCGAAAGCAGGCUCCGGCCCUGGCGGGGAAGAAAUGUUCAAAGCCAUAAUGCAGCGAAAUAUGGGUGGCCGCUCACUGGUUGAGCUAGCGCAGGCUCGUGCUGGUGGCCGCUCAAUCGAUGAAGUCAAGCGCACCGCGGACACCAGAAUCCCUGCCACCGGCGCAUCUGCGCCUGCGAGCUUGACGGCUAAUCAGUUCAGAUCCACUGAGCAAGAUCCUCCCGCGACCUGGGACCCGGAGAAAGACGAGAUGCCCAGCCCCUUUUUGGCUAGAAACAAGAAGAUUAUCCGUAACUUUCGAUGA